ACCUCGUAUUGAGCGUUUCGCGGCGGCGGGUUACGAUGCGUGGCGCGUUGUAUCUUUAUUAUUAAUUAUUUGUUGUUGUUGUUUAUACUCUGUACCGUUUUCAUUUCCCAUCACUCGUGUGUGUGCGCCGUGCGUGUGCGUGUGUGUGUGCGUGUGCCUAUGCGUUUUGCCCCCCAAUUCCCCCAAAACGCCUCACCACCCCCACUCUGCCGGGAAAAAAGCCCCCAAAAAGCAAAUUUACUCAAAAGGCAAAACUACGAAGCGCGAGUGUGUGCCAGUGUGUUGAAAAAAUAAUAGUAAAAUAUGCUAAAUUAAGGCCUUGCAACAUGCGGCGGCAGAUGAAGUUUGUUCGGUUUCAGAUCAAAACAAAAUCAUAGGAUACGCCUAUAUAUAUACAGUACCAGUCAAUCAAUCAAUAUCGUGUGCAUUCAAAUUCCACAUCGUGCCUACAACUGCAACUGCAAUUGCGCGCCCUCUCUCCGCGAGUAAAAAACGGAAACGGAAGUGCCAGUGACGUAAUACUCCCGAAAAAACCCAGGAGAAUUCCCCCCCACAGCCUCCCUACGAUAUUGUGCAACAAAAACAAAGCCAAUCUCCGUGUAUGUACAUCAUUCCCGUGCAAUAUGCUGAAUGCCAUGAUUUGGCCAUGGCUGACAGUGCGUAGCAAAAGUAUUUACAUAACUGGCCAAACCAUUUUGUACAUCAAAGUGUUCAAGCUGAGGGUUUGAAUAACACAUACACUGAAAACAAACAGAUGAACGUUUCCACGGCAGCGACAGUUCGAAUCGAUGAGAAACAGAUUGCGCCUAAAUGUCUUCCGGAAUUAAUUGUCGUGAAAUUUUCGUAUUUUUGGAAAUUUUGAUUUGGAAUCAAGCAAAACAGAGAAAUCGACAAAACAAUGAGCAUAGCAGCAGCAACAACAAGGAAACCAACAGCAGCAGCGGCAACAACAACACCAACAAGCAACACAAUAAAAAUCACAGCAACCGUAGCAACAACAACAACGCAGUGAAAGUGAUAAAGCAGCAGCAACAACAAAAGCUACAGCAACAACAACUGCCCAAAGCAACCAAAAACAAAAACUUAAAUAGCAAUAACAAUAGCAACAGCAACAGCAACAAUCUGCACUUACUGCAAAAGGGCUAAACGUUGAACGUUCGAUUUAAAUAGA